CUGCGUUCGCCGUCGCCGUCGCCGAGUGCAGUGAACUAUCAAUUCGCAUACAGUUGACGCUGUGGCCCCCACGCAUUCAGCCAAAGGCGCCGCGGGGGCCCGCUGUACAGGCACAUGGUUAGCGUUCAAUUUAACGCUACUGGCAACAAUCAUAUUGUGGUCGGCGCAAGCCCUCGCGGUGCCCAUGCACAGACGCGCCAAUAGUCCAGACUAUGCCCAAAGGCCGAGUAUUGCAUACUUGCGGGCGCAGCAGGACAACAACAACAACAACAACCAGAGAAACUCCAACCUGAACAAAAUCUGUCGGACAUGCGAGCAGAGCAAGAGCAGCCGAUUGUCAAUGCAAGCAUAUCGCAAACCUAUUGGAAACGCCGCAAGUGGAAGCGCUGUGAGUGCUGUGAGUGUAUAUAGUGGUGCAGCCGAUACGCUCAGCGUUUCGCACAGUGUAUAUAGUGCAAAUAAUAAGUUAGAUUUAAUUAUAAACGGCAGCCAGAGCAAAGUGUCGCCCAAACAUAAUUCGCUGCCAGCCACAAAUUUACCUAAUAAAUUACCAACAACAACAACAACGACAACGACAACGGCAACGUCAACUGUUGCAACACGCGCCUAUUUCGCGGUGCCCGUUUUCGCCUUUGCCACGCCUUUUGAACGUCGCGCCGCGUCGCACUCGACUGCCAUCGGGCCCUCGGCAUUCGGUUCGCCUGCGUCCAUGUUGCUGCCAUAUCAAAUUAAUCAACGUGCUACAUUGUUGCAAGCAACGCAAACGGCAACAACAAUUGCAACGGCAACGCCUGUGCCUCAUGUGCCAAAAGCAACAACAGCAACAACAACAACAACAACACGCAACACUCUGCACGCUGCGCAUCGAAUUUUUAAUCGUGAUACAGUCCGAACAGCGACCAACGCAUCACCUUUGACACCACAACAACAACAACAGCAACAAUCUACAACAACUUCUACAACAACAACAACAACAGCAGCAACCACAGCACGAAUCGAAUUCAUACUCUAUACAGAGCUAUACGAAGAGGAUUCAGACAUCGAUACAAACUCAGCGAACAAGCAAAGCUUCUGGCACAAAUACGGCCACGUUCUGCUGAUCGCCAUUGGUGUCGCCGUGUGUUUGGUGUGUGGCAGCGUGCUGGUCACCGUGAUUACACUGCGACGCAGCCACAACACAGCCACAGCAGCAGCAGCAGCAGCAUUAUCGGCAACAACAACGCGACGCGCAAGACAUAAGCAACGGCGCAGCAGCUGCAACAACGAUUGCGAACCUGGCAACGACUACUAUAAAGCUGCGACGGGCAACGAGACUGCCUUUGCUCUGGCCCUACCACUGACAAGGACAACAUCAGCAGCAGCAGCAGCAGCAGCAGCGGCCGCAGCAGCAGCAGCUCAAGCGGAUACAACAACAGCAGCAGCAACCGCAACAACAACAACAACAACAACCGCAGCUACAACACCCAUAGCAGCAACAUUAGCAGCAACAGCAACAGCAACAGCAGCAGAAGCAACACUUUUGUCCACCAAGCCGGAACAUUCUGUACCCAUGCUGUCGGUACAGUCGGCCGGCUGCGCGGGAAUGGAACGGCUUGGCGUUCCGACCCGCACAUCAUUGAGCACACCACCCGAUGAUAGGGAUCAAUUUAGAUGUAGAAUGCGCGUUGAUGCGCUCCAAGCACGUGAGCUGCUGGCCGUGCGUGGCGAGACUGUGAUUCGUAGCAACAGCAGCAACAUAGGCAACAGCAGCAGCAGCAGCAGCGGCAGCAACAAUCAGCAACAGCAACAACUUCACAACAAUAAGCAACAACAUUCCCACCAUCAGCAACAAUUGCAACAGCAGAAGCAGCAACAUGGCAGCAGCAGCAACAACAACAACAGCGGGCAUAGUAUUAACAGUUUUGUGGCACGCGGCGGCAUUGAAGCGACAACCUUAAAGUAUGGCAACACAGGCAGCAGCGGCAGCGGCAGUGGCAGCAGCAGCGGCAGCGGCAGCUAUAAAAGCGAACAAAGCAACGCCUCGACAUGCAGCUCGCUGAAUAGUCACAGCGCCGAUCAUCAUCAACAUUACCAAUAUCAGCUGCAGCAACAGCAGACGCCGCGCUGUCCACAUCAUGUACCACUGCCGGACAGCGAGUACGGACAGGAUCGUCAUCUGCAGUUACGCAGCAGCUACCAGCAAUCGGAAAUUACGCGCUCGUACACAAAGCCGCCGCCCAACAAAACUGUACGCGAUGUGCCUGAACAUAUAUGCGCUGGCAACUCCAGCUACCGCCUGGCGACAGCCGCAGCAACGACUGCGGCAGCGGCUGGUUCGGCGGGAGCAGCAACAGCUGGCCAUAGCUGCAGCAGCGCCAGCGGGACAGCGUCGCACGCUUAUGCCUUGGCGGCAGCAGCCAGCGCAGCCACCAAAUCGAAACCGAAUGCCAUCACAAAAUUCUUCUCACGCAUCAGUUCGCCCAAGUCGCCAACGUCGCUGGCGACUACCAGUUCGAGUGGUGCGAUUGGUUCGGUGACAGCUAGUGCCACGCCCUUGGCCACUGGCUGCUCCUCAUUAGCCUCGUCAGCGUCCAUGUCUUCGUCCGCCUCCUCGUUGGCCUCGUCAGCGGGCAUGCCCGCCUGUGUCUCGCCCUCCUCAUCAGCUUCAUCGCUGGCAGCGGCGCCACUGACAUCGCUGCCCACACUAAAGAGCACCGCAUGCAGCACUGGCGGUGCGACAUUUAGUCUGGCACCGGAUCAGGCAGCGCAGCAGCAGCAGCAGCAGCAGGAUGAGACGACGCAAAUGUCACAGAUCUAUCAGAAAUCGGAGGUCGCAGAACGCAACGGCAAGAACGGGCAGCCCGUGUGGAUCAUCUACAAAGGCAACGUCUACGAUGUGACAUCAUUUGUGGAGAGGCAUCCAGGCGGCGAUGAGCUCAUACUCGAGGUGGCGGGCAAGGAUGCAACGAAGGCGUUCAACAGUGCCGGACACUCCUCGGAUGCAGUGCAGCAGCUCAAAGAGUUCAAAAUCGGUGAAGUGGCCAUCGAUGCACAGCCCAAGCCGCAAUCGGGACAAAAAUCAGCCGGACUCCAACAGCAGCAGCCGCUGCCGGAGCCAAAGCCGGCGGAAAAGUCCUCGAAUAAGGGAUAUCAGCUCAUCCAGUUCGAUCGGGCAGUUCUCCAUGAGCGCCAGCACGGCGAGGAAGCGCGAGAUAUUCAGGGCGUUCGGUGCCUGGAACUUGAUCGUAUUCUGCUGCAUCAGGCGCUGCAGGUGCGCGCAGUUCGGAUCGCUGGCCACGAUGAUGACGGGACGCUUCGAGCUGGCGGCGAGUGUGUAAAUGGCAUCCGUGAAGCCAGCAUCGAUGUUAUCGAAAACAAUGUCCGCAUCCUCGAUCAGUAUCAGAGACUUUCGCACAUCGUCGUCGCCCUGGUUGCGUCUCGCCUUCAGCCCAUUCUGCUGCAGCUUCUGGAGCAGCUGCUGCGUGGGCGCGGCGCCCGCUUUCGCCUCCUUGCGUAUCUGAUGCGACUGCGUCGCCUCCUGCAGCUCCUGUAUGAGCUUCUUGCCCGUGCGUCGCAUGCCCGCAUUUAUCUCCAGCACAUUAAAGUUCAUGUCGUUCGCCAGAGCGAAGACCGCAUUCGUCUUCCCGCUCGAGCAGGGCCCGAGCAGCACCAUUGUGUUGCAGCUGCCGCUCAUCGAGCUGGAGUCGUGAUCGUUGGAGCUGUCGUCGAGCGUUUCAGCGGUUUAUACUUCUCGGUGAAGAGGAGCUCGCCGUUGGGAGCCAGGGCGGGUGGAUGGAAAUCCUCCUCCUUGCCCAUGUCCUGCUGUUGGACGGAACGUCGCCACUUGAAGGUGGGAAAACGAUCGAAGAUGCUCUUCCAGUUCUUGACCAUGGCCCGUUUAUUGUCCAACUGUGGCAAGGGCGUCCAGCUGCAGGGAGCUCUCUUCCUACUCGCCACAAAAUCGGAGGCAGUGCAGCUGAACAGCAACAACAACAGCUGCAGCCAUGCCGCCAACGCAUCAACAACAACA